CCUAUGGUUUUAAUUCAUCGGUCGAUAGAGAAAGGGGGAGAGAGAGUUCUGCAAGCGGAGAGAGGGAGAGUUCCAAAUUCCCUGCUCGCUCUAUUCUGCACCCGACCAUGUCGGCUUCCCCUUCUUUCCCGACUCCCGCAGAUACUCGUCCGAACAAAUGGAAGAAGAGAAAGACCGAAUCCAAUAUCAGAAACCCCACCAAAAAGCAGCAGCAGCAGAGGCUCCACCACGAUGAUGAAGACGAUGAUGAGGAAGAAGAAGACCCUGCCCUCGAAGAAGAGGACGAUGACAACGAGGACAACGAAGACUCCCCAGCCGCCGCCGGCCCUGCUGCGCCGAAUCUGGAGGCCGAGAUCCUCUCCGACAGCAGCACUCGCAUUUCCCGCUUUCCUCCCGUCAUCAAGCACACAAUCAAUCGCCUGCAUCCCUCCGUUCUCGCGCUUGCUGCGGCGGACCGCGCCGUUGCUGAUGGCAGAUCGAGGACGCCGCCACCUCACAAUGCUUUCUUUCUGGAGAACAUCUCUCAUGGCCAGAUUCAGGCCAUUUCGCUGGUCCCCUCCGGAAGUCCUGCUCUCGCCCCGGCAGAUCACGACAGGCCAGAUGGUCCUGCGCCCUCAUAUGUCUGCACACCUCCUGCUAUUAUGGAAGGGAAGGGCGUUGUGAAGCAUUUCGGGAGCCAGUGCCAGCAUGUCGUGCCGAUGCACUCCGAUUGGUUUUCUCCAACAUCAGUGCAUAGAUUGGAGAGGCAGGUUGUUCCGCAUUUUUUCUCUGGGAAGUCCAAUGAUUUUACACCGGAGAGAUACAUGGAGGUCCGGAAUCGGAUUGUUGCCAAAUACAUGGAGAACCCAGAUAAGAGGCUCACUGAUGCUGACUGCCAAAGCCUCAAUGUUGGCAUUGGUAUGCAUGAUUUAAGCAGGAUAGUACGUUUUCUCGAUAACUGGGGCAUCAUCAAUUACAUGGCCGAGCUGCAGCCUCGGCAUGGGAUUGGCGGGCCAAGUCUCCGAGAGGAUGUGAAUGGUGAGAUUCACGUCCCAUCUACCUCGUUAAAAUCUAUUGACAGCUUGAUUCGCUUUGACAAGCCAAAGAGUAGAUUGAAGCCAGAAGAGGUUUCUUCAUCAUCAUCUUCAAGUUCAGCUGUCAGAAUUUCUGAUUUGGAUAGUAGAAUUCGAGAACGGCUUGCUGAGAAUCGGUGUAAUUACUGCACCCGAGCUUUGACGCAUAUGUACUAUCAAUCGCAGAAGGCUGAUAUAAUGCUCUGUUCGGAUUGCUUCCAUGAUGGGAAAUUCGUUGCGGGCAACGCAAGUAUAGACUUUGCAAGGGUGAAUUCAGCGAGAGAUUUUUGUUAUCUUGAUGGGGACAGCUGGACUGAUCAGGAAACUCUGCUGCUGCUUGAAGCAUUGGAAAUUUUUGGUGACAAUUGGAAUGACAUUGCAGAACAUGUAGCCACCAAGUCAAAAGCACAGUGUAUCCUUCAAUUUAUUCGUCUGCCUAUGGAGGACGGCUUAUUGGACAAUAUUGAAUUUCCUAGCACAGCCCUCUCGUCUGAUAAUUCCAAAGAAGAUGAAUAUGGAAAAGCACAUUCAAACGUCAAUGGUGAAUCUGAAGAGGCUUGUCUGCAGGACCUUGACAAUGAAAGUAGACUUCCUUUUGCUAAAUCUGGAAAUCCGGUUAUGUCCCUGGUUGCCUUUUUGGCCUCUGCAGUGGGACCCAGAGUUGCUGCAGCCUGUGCGCAUGCAUCGUUAGCAGCACUCUCCAAGGAGGAUCACAAUUUGAUUGCUACAAAUACGAUCGUUCAAAUGGAAGGUUCUAGUCAUGGUGAUAGGUUGAAUGCUGAGAGCAUGCAUGCAGAAGGCAGGGAAAUGACAAGCUUGGGUCAUCAAGCAGAAGAAACUCUGGCAGCACAAGGAUCACAUGGUAAAAAUGAUGCCACUGCUACUCCUUUGUCUCCUGAAAGAGUAAGAGCAGCUGCCAAGUUUGGUCUAUCUGCUGCAGCAUCAAAGGCAAAAAUGUUUGCGGAUCAUGAAGAACGUGAAAUUCAGAGAUUGGUUGCGGCUAUCAUAAACCAUCAGCUAAAGAGACUGGAAUUGAAGCUGAAGCAGUUUGCGGAGGUGGAAACCUUGCUAAUGAAGGAAUGUGAACAGGUGGAGAGGACAAGACAGAGGCUUUCAGCUGAAAGAGCACGCAUGAUCUCAACCCGGUUCGGAUCGGCGGGAAGCACUGGUCAACCAGGUGCUGUGGCAGCAAACAGCAGCAACAGUAGUAACAUUAGACCACCAGUUGUCAUGCCAGGUCCAGCUGCACAGGCAAAUAUUCCACCAUACGGCAACAAUCAGCCAACCCAUCCUCACAUGUCAUUCAUGCCUCGCCAACCAAUGUUUGCUUUCGGGCCCCGCUUGCCCCUUUCCAUGAUCCAUCCAUCUUCAUCCUCUCCCUCUGCAACUGUUAUGUUCCCUUCUACUCCGGCCAAUGCCCCCGCUCAAAAUCAUCCAAUGUUGAGACCUGUAUCUGGGACUAACACCAACAUAGGUUGAGAAUUGGACAGCAGUGUCUCAUGCAGAGUUGUAUGAUUAAUCGUUUUCAAUAUCAUUCGGUACAUGUGUAGUUGAGAUAUCAGUUGAAUGUAUCAAGUUGGCAGCAUGCUAAUGUGAUGCAGAGAGAUUCUUCUGCA